AUGGCUCACGAAAACGGUAUAAACGGGGACACAGACUCCGAGUCGGUGGAAUUGAAUCCCUUAAGGAGGACGAGGUUUCACGUGAACCGUGUCGAUAGUCUCGAGGGUCGGGCAAGCCUUCUCGGCGAACAAGAGACGAAAAAGUCGCUGAGACACAUGACUAGGGAGGCUCUGCCCAGGUUGGACAAUUACAGGAACAUCAUGAGCAUCCAGGCGGCUCACAGGCCAUCCUUGGACGAGCUCCACAAUCCCACUCUGCUUAACAAGGGAUCAGGCUCCCACACGUUACCCAUAUCGCACGUGAAACCGUCGACUUCCGGUAUCAAGUUUGGAUGGAUCCAGGGUGUCCUAUUGAGAUGUCUCCUCAACAUUUGGGGUGUAAUGCUGUUUUUACGACUCUCAUGGGUCGUUGCACAAGCGGGUGUAGGACAAGCGAUUCUAUUGAUCUUCACAACGACAGCCGUGACCACUAUAACGUCGCUGUCAAUGUCAGCGAUCAGUACAAAUGGGCUCAUUAAAGGAGGUGGCACGUAUUACAUGAUUUCCAGAUCAUUGGGCCCGGAAUUCGGAGGAUCUAUAGGGCUGAUAUUUUCUCUGGCGAACGCGGUCGCCUGUGCCAUGUAUGUUGUCGGGUUUUGCGAGAGCAUGGUCGAUUGUCUCAAAGCGAAUGGAAUCUGCAUCGUCGAUUGCGAUAACACCGAUAUUAGAAUAAUAGGCUGCAUCACGAUCGUUCUGCUUCUGGUGAUCGUGAUGGUCGGUCUAGAAUGGGAGGCAAAGGCCCAAAUCGGUUUGCUCGUUAUUCUUCUGGUGGCUAUCGCUGAUUUUGCGAUUGGCACUUUUGUUGGCCCUAAGGACGAUCUGGAGAAAGCUAAAGGAUUCGUAGGAUAUAAUGGUGAUCUGUUCAGGGAGAAUUUUUAUUCGGACUAUAGAUACUACGAAGGGGUGGAACAUAAUUUUUUUUCAGUUUUGGCUAUCUUUUUCCCAGCGGCAACAGGUAUCCUGGCAGGUGCGAAUAUAUCCGGUGAUUUGAAGGACCCACAAACGGCAAUUCCCAAGGGAACACUUUUGGCAAUACUUUUAACAACGAUUUCCUAUUUCGUUAUGGCUUUCAUGGUAGGCGGUACAGUCAUGCGGGACGCAUCUGGCGAUGUUAACGAUCUAUGGAACGUGUUCAAUGGUUCGUACGCUGCUAUAGCGACAUUCAACUCGAGCAAUGAAACAGUCGAGAGUACGACUGUUGCAGAUUCGAACGAGAUCGUUUGGAGCAUGUAUGGUACAAAAUUUAAUUGUACAGGGAAUUGUUCUUAUGGCGGCCAUAAUAAUUUUCAGGUGAUCGAAUUGGUCUCUGUGUUCGGUCCAAUUAUUUAUGCUGGAUGUUUCGCGGCUACGUUAUCAAGUGCCUUGGCAUCGUUGGUUUCCGCCCCGAAAGUGUUUCAGGCACUCUGUCUUGAUAAAUUGUAUCCUGGAAUAGCGUGGUUCAGCGGUGAAAAGGAUAGGGAACCGAUUCGUGGAUAUUUCCUCACAUUCAUCAUUGCUGUUGGUUUCAUCUUGAUCGGUGAAUUAAACGCUAUAGCUCCUUUGAUCUCAAAUUUCUUUUUGGCUGCCUACACUCUAAUCAACUUCAGUACAUUCCAUGCUUCGCUAGCUAAGCCAAUUGGUUGGCGACCAACGUUUAAGUAUUAUAAUAUGUGGCUAAGUCUUGCCGGUGCUAUUCUUUGCGUCUCUGUGAUGUUCCUGAUCUCGUGGUGGACGGCUUUAAUUACUUUAUCUGUGGUUUUAGCCCUUUACUUAGUAGUCUCCUACAGAAAACCAGAUGUAAAUUGGGGUUCGACCACGCAAGCCCAAACGUACAAUAAUGCCUUAACGGCUGUACAACAAUUAGACAGAGUCGAAGAACACGUUAAAAACUACAGACCUCAGCUUCUGGUACUCACCGGUAUGCCGAGCGCCAGAUCGUCGCUCGUUGACUUUGCGCAUCACAUUACCAAAAACAACAGUUUAUUAAUUUGCGGUCACGUCAUCGAGACACCGAUAUCGUAUAAAACACGGAAUUCCAUGAUCGCGAAAUGUACUUCUUGGUUUCGAGCAAAUAAGAUUAAAGCAUUUUAUUCGUUGGUGGACGGUGCAAGCUUUCAAGAUGGUGCCACCUCCCUUUUACAAGCCGCUGGCCUAGGAAAAAUGAGACCCAACAUAUUGUUAAUGGGAUACAAACAGGACUGGGCAACGUGCCCACAGCAAAAUUUAAAUGCGUACUUUAACGUGAUGCAUAAAGCAUUGGACAUGCACACAGCGCUUGCGCUGCUUCGAAUAAGCGAAGGUUUAGAUCACGGUAUCGCCAUAGGAGACGUUGAAGAACAGAAAAAGAAUCUGCCAUCUUCGAUACCAGGAAAUCAAAGUUUUUCACAACUCAGCCAAGCCAGUAGCACAUCAGAUAUUUCGAUACCCGGCAGUCCGGCACCAAGACGAUCAAAAACGAUCAACGAAUAUCCUAAUCCUAGCGCGGAAGAUCAACGUGAAAAUCGACAGAAUAUCAUACCAAUCGCGAAAGAUAUACUUAAUGCCGUGACGAAGUUUCAGCGUAAACAAAAAAAGGGCACCAUAGACGUAUGGUGGUUAUACGACGACGGUGGCUUGACUCUUCUGCUACCAUACAUUAUUAGCACGAGGCGUAAUUGGUCUAACAGUAAACUCCGGGUUUUCGCACUUGCUAAUAAAUAUUCUGAAUUAGAGUACGAACAAAGAAACAUGGCAAGUCUUCUAUCGAAAUUCCGGAUAGACUACUCUGCUUUGAAAGUUAUACCAGACAUCUCGAAACCAGCACAAGAUAAUACGAAAAGUUUCUUUAAGUCGUUAAUAGCGAAUUUCCUGCAAACGGGUGACCCUAAAACAACGGACGAUGACGUUAUUAAAGAUUCCGAACUACUUGCCAUGAAAGAAAAAACGAACAGGCAUUUGCGUUUAAGGGAAUUGUUACUCGAGAAUUCUAUGGAAGCUAAUUUAGUUGUUAUGACAUUACCAAUGCCUCGAAAAGGUGCUGUAUCAGCACCUCUCUACAUGGCUUGGCUGGAGACUUUAACGCGCGAUAUGCCACCAUUUUUACUUGUUCGAGGGAAUCAUACGUCUGUUUUAACCUUUUAUUCUUAAU